AUGCCGUACCUCCGGGAGCAUCGAGCGGAGCUCGAUGUCAGCGGGGGGCGGCUCCAGUUAGACGGUCAGCCGCUGCGGCUGACCCAGCGGGCCGGCAAAUCCCCCGGCGGAGGGGCCGCCACCGCAAGAGGAAGUGAGGCGCUGAAGGAGGCCCUCGGGAACGUCGGGGACGGGACCGGAGGGCGGCGCCGGCUGGAGGCACUGCUCCUGGAGCACGAGGAGGUGUGGUGCGGGGAGGACUUGGGCCGGACCACUGUGGUGGAACACGGCAUCGAGGUGACCGACCCGAGGCCGGUCGCGUGUCGCGGGCGGCGGUACAAUGACGCCCAGAAGGCUAUCAUCGAGGCGGAGGUCACCGCCAUGUUGGAGAAGGGGGUGAUCCGCCCGAGCCGGAGCCCGUACGCCUCCGGGAUCGUCCUCGUCAAGAAGAAGACGGGCGAGUGGCGGUUCUGCAUUGACUACCGCCCCCUCAACGCCGUUACGGUGCGGGACGAGUUCCCCAUUCCGCGGAUCGACGACCUGCUCCGCGCGGUGAGAGGCUCGCGCUGGUUCGUGGCUCUCGACCUGCGGGCGGGCUACUGGCAGGUGGCCAUGCGGGAACGGGACGUGCCGAAGACCGCGUUCCGCACCCCGACGGGGCUCUUCGAGUUCGUGGUCAUGCCCUUUGGGCUGGUCAACGCCCCGGCCACCUUCCAGAGGAUGGUGGAGCAGCUGUUCGGGGACAUGUACUGGAGCGGGGUGCUGGUCUACCUCGACGACAUCCUGGUACAUGCCCCGACGCUGGACGAGGUGCUACGGCUGCUGGGGGAGGUGCUCAGGAGGCUACGGGCAGCCGGGCUCAAGCUCCGGCUGUCCAAGUGCACCUUUCUCCCCAGACAAAUCGAGUACCUCGGCCACGUGAUCGAGGAAGGGCGUAUAGCGCCCCAGCCGAAGAAAGUCGAGGCGAUUCGGCAGCUGAAGGCGCCUACGGACGUCCGGGGGCUCCGGCAGCUGCUGGGCAUGGUCGGGUACUACCGAAGCUUUGUGCCCAACUAUGCCGGAGUCACCCAGCCGCUGGCCAAGCUGAUGCGCAGCCAGGUGCCCUACGCGUGGGGCGAGGAACAGCAGCACGCCUUCGAGUUGGUGAAGGCCAGCCUGGUCGGCGCGGCCCUAUGCAACGACUUCUCGGGCGCGCAGCUGGUCGUGGAAACGGACGCCAGCGACUACGCGGUGGCGGGCAUCCUGUCGUGCGACUCGCACGGCAAGAUGACCCCCAUCGAGUAUAUGUCCAAGACGCUGAGCGAGGUGGAGGUAAGGUGGCCCACUAGGGAAAAGGAGGCCUAUGCGAUCGUGGCCGCGUUGCGGAAGUUCGACGUCUACACUCGGGGACGUCGGACGACCGUAUACACGGACCACAAGAGCCUGGAGUGGAUGUUCCAGGCUCAGAAGGGGAAGAUCGCCCGCUGGGCGGCCACCCUGCAGGAGUACGAUUUGAAAAUCAUACACAAGAGCGGCUCCCAGAUCGCGCACGUAGACGCGCUGAGCCGGCUCGCGAAAGAUGAAGCGCUGGUGGAGGACCGGAUGACCUGCGCG